AUGGAACAGACGACGAGAAUCCGGAAAAGAGUUCCAAAAUCCUGUCGUCGCUGCCAUCGACGAAAACAACGCUGUGUAGGAUUCCCCACCUGCGCCAACUGCAACGCGGCAAAUGAACCUUGUAUACGCUUGGAGACGUCUCCAUCUUGGCAUCAUGCGAUGUCCAAGGGCGCAUUGGCGCAGCGAAUUGAAGCUUUGGAAGCGCAUCUUUCUGCCAUAACUGAAGGUUUACCAUCCAACAUCAGGGAGCAGCCUAUUGAAUCGCCAGAGCGUACGCCGUCUGCACUUGGAGAACAGACCGAGAGAGAACCUAGAGAGAAGAGCAGGGCGACUGCAUACUUUGGGCCUUCAUCUGGCGUGACUCUUACGGAGAGCUUGAGUACUAUUGUUAAGGAUGGCGCCUGGACCGAUAGAUCGAUUCCGAUUCAUGGUACCGAACAUCAUGAACCACUAUCGCCGGCUCCCACGGCUGAGCAGGGCAAGGCUGCGGCACCUGACGAUACGCUCGGGAGGCAGCUCCUUGAUGCAUACUUCAUUAACAUGCACACGCGACAACCAUUUAUCAACUGUGCGGAGAUUCUUCAGCUACACUCUAGACGAUACGAUGCGCCCGGCACCGGUCAGCUAGAACAAUACGGAAUGUUCAAACUAUUUAUGGUGUAUGCUAUUGGAGCAGCGAUGCUACAGCAGCUCACUGAACAGUACGAGUCGACGACGGCGAGCGCAUAUUUUGCUACUGCAAUGCAAUUUGAUAGUACGCUGCGAGACUCGCUGUCUAUUAUGGGUAUCGAAGGGCGGGUGUUGAUGGUCAUAUAUGAGCUACGAUCGAGCUCUAGCUCAAGCGUGUGGUACAACAUCGGUAUGGCGAUGCGGAUAUGCAUCGACCUGGGUAUGCACCGCGAAUCGCACUACAGGACACUGGAACCAUUGGAGGCGCAGUUGCGCCGAAGGCUAUUUUGGAGUGUAUACGUGAUCGAGCGACAUGUAUCAUGGUCCCUCGGACGGCCAUUCAGUAUAGCAGAGGACGAAAUCGAUGUACAGAUCCCCGUUGAUAUUGAUGACCCGACUAGCAGGUAUUUUGGGGUAGAGCACGCCAUGGGUGACUUAUCUUCGGAUAUUGCGCAUGGGACAAAUAUACCGACCAUCAGACGGUUUAUUGCGACAGUGCACUUGCAACGGAUCAUGUCCCGCCUUCAUACCAAAAUUUACCGCGUGGACAGAAACAUGCCUGAUUUAAUUCCGGAAAUAUCCCCAUUGUUGGCCUCGCUGGAGGAGUACAAGAGAGGCUUGCCUGCCUUACAGCCAGAAGACAAUGACUUUAUCCAAAUGCAUUGGUAUAAUUGUGUUCGCGCGCUGCUGCAGCCAUUUCUGAGUAUUCUCGACCCAGAAGAUGACCUCAUCAGAACUUGCCUGCACGCAUCGGGGCAAAUGUGCCAAUUGUUCAAGCGUUCGCAACAAAACGGCCUAUCGGGGUACUCUUUCCUCUUAGCAAAUUCGGUUUAUAUUGCCGGACUCACAAUGUGCUGUAGCUUUUGCUUGUUCCGAUCUCCACAACUAUGGAGGAUGAGUGUGGCAAAUGAUCUCCGUGCGUGCUCAUCCGCCAUAUUUGCCAUGGCUGAGCGGAAAUCCAGCUUUAGGAAAUACCGCGACGACUUGGAGAAUAUGAUCAACCGAGCUAUGGCCUUUGUCGAUGACGCAUCGUCCCAUAACUUGUGUAUAUCUAACCAGCCAGCAGCAGGCGUAGAAGGAUCAUCGGGAUCUCAUUUCGCCAACCUUGAAAAUUCCAAGGAUCCCAUGGCGAGUACACUCGGUCUACAAAGUGCAGCCAUUUUAGAGGCUCAAGAGCAAGAGGAUUCUUUUAAUGCACAAAAUCCAUUCGCAGAUAUGUCCUUAGAAGACUUCUGGACUGGCGAGAAUCUUAAUUUUCCUACAUUGGAUGUGUUUGGCUUUGGUUGGGAUAGCUUAGGUUCGUAG